AUGUCAGCUGUUCACAUAUCUCAGCUUUCUCCCCUACUUCACGUCGUGCAUCUGCCAACCGUUACUAAACUGGAAUUUAUUGCGGUGGCUGGGAUUCGCGCUUCAGCUUUGAUUCCAUGCUUGCACCUCGACACCCUAGACUUGAACAAAUCUAUUUUCGAAAAUGAUCUUGAACCUCACGAGACCAUUAAAUCCAAAAGGCUUCGCCUGGCAGGCUACGGAACGAUUGAAUACCUAACCUACAUCCUGCAAAACAAUGAAGAAAGUGUAAUGCCAAUUUUCGACCUUCGGGGACUUAAAGAGCUUUCAUUUACUACGGUGGAUCAUAGAACACCACCUCAAGGCCGCUAUUUAUUGGACAAAACAUGCAACCUGGAAGUACUUGAGCUCUGUGUGGAAGAUAUGACCGAUACAGACAGCUUCCCUCUGCUAUCAGUAACCCCUCUUCACUCGUUCGAGUGCCUAAAAAUUCGAAUCGGGUCUUUUUCACGGGAUGCCAUGCCCCACCUGGCUGCAGAGCUACGGGCGAUCGACGAUGUUGCAGGCCAUUUCAUCCAAUAUCUCAACAUCAAGAUCUGUCUCGACACUUCUGCCAGCUAUUCGCUAGAAGAAUUACCCUGGAAAUUGCUUGAUCAAGCGCUUGCAGAAUCAGGGAGGUGGGGCGCUCUGAGGGAACUUCGGCUUCGAGUGCAUACGUUAUUGUUUUUAACAGAUUCUGCCGAAAAGGAAUUUACGGAAGCUUGGCAAGUACUCUUCUACUUUGGGGCAUUGACAUGGACUGGCAAAGAUCCACUUCAUCUCGAUGACAAGGAAAUCUAUUGGAAUCAACUGAGAAAGGCGCCUAAAAAUAGUCCAAUUUAA